AUGGCUACACGUUUUCAAGGAAAAGGUGGUCCGAGUGGACGACUAACACCGUCAAAUCCAACGGCAUCAAACACAAUAACAAAUUCGACAUUGUCGAUACCAUCGUUGAAUGCGUAUGCCAACGUUAAUAGUGAAAGUGAUCAGGCGUAUCUUGAUCGAAUAAAAGCACGAGAAAUAAUCUCGGAUGCUUUAUUACAAGUAACUCGACUAAAACCUGAUAAUCCCAUUGAUUUUCUUUACAAUUACUUUGAAAGCCAAUGUCAAACAGAUCCUUAUGAAAAAACAUUGACUCGUUUGCGUCUUGCCGAUCCAAAACAUCCAUCAUUUCACUCGCUGCUUGUUGAGCUAUAUUCCAAUUUCGAUACAAUCAACGACGAUGGUUUAUUACUCAAAGGCGAUACAUAUAAUAAAUUAUUACAUAAUUUAUGCAAUAAUGAAAUCUGGUCAGGUUUGGAUGAGCAUCGAACAACGUUGAUAUCCUUGUUAAGUCUUCGCUCAAAUGAUGCUGUUAGUUUCACUGUUUUUAAAUACGGCAUUCAAGCAAUUUUACUUGCAAAAGAAUUUCAUAAAACGGCUCAUUCAUUGUACAAUUCGCUAGCUAACCAUGCUGGCAGCAACACAGAUGUCGAUCGAUCUUUAUGUGAUAUUCUCCUACAAAUGCUAAGUAAUUCACUUGAAUUACUGAAUAAAGCACCGGUUGAUACAUUCAGUCUUCACGAAUCAAUCGUCAAAUUGAGCCCACAUCAAGUCAAACACACUUUGGAACAACGGUGGUCUCCGUCACGAGCGUCAACUUCCAAAACUCGAAUGACUUUCGACGAAUUUCAAACUCUAGCUAUGUCUAUUUAUUUAACUACUAUUAAAAAAAUGUCUUCAUUAUCAUAUGCAGAUGAAGCUCCAGUGAAUUAUGAUGAGUAUGACUAUGCAGGAGACGAGAUGAAUGAUGAACAUGUCGAAAUGUACGGGAAUGGUGAUGAAGACAGUGACGAUGAUGAUGAUGAACAACGACAGGAAGUUACUCGAAAUAAUCAUGCGACACGAGAUAAGAGUCAAACGUCAUUGAAUGACGAUGCAAAUUUGAUCGAUUAUGUCGUUGAAGAAGAGAAAGAAAUCGGUGGUACCAAAGGCGAAGAUAGUUAUUUAACCAGUCGAUCAACGACUUAUUCAAGUUUAAUCAGCGACGGCGGUGAAGAAGAAGAAGACGAGGAAGAGGAACAAUCUGUCAUAAAUGAAGUAAUCAACAAGAAGAAAGCGAAAAUUACGGCGAAAGAAGAAGGUCAAAUGAUUCGUGCACGAGCAUUUAUCACUCAACUUGAUCUAAAAGUACAAGAGAAAGAUGAUGCCGUUCAACAAAUUCGUCAAUCAAUUUAUUUGACUAAAGAAAAGAUUACGAAAAUGGAACAGAAUAAAACACAAUUGGAAACAAAUAUUGCGCACGCACAAGACCAACGGAACGUUACAAUCGUCAAUCGACUUUCCAGCGAAUUGAAUCGUGUCGAACAUGAAAUCAUUCUUGAACAUGACGUUUUGAAAGAUCUGCAAGAAAAACUCGGUGUUGCCGAAAUGCAUCGAACUAGAGCGAUUGUUGAACGAGGACGUUACAAUGCUGAAGACAGCCUUCUACGAGAAAAGGAAACGAUUUUAAUCGAUCAGAAACAAUCAUUGGUACAACUACGACAACGGCAAGAAGAUUGGAAAGUUACUCAACUGAAACGAGCACAUCAGUCAACAUUAAACACUCAAAAACAAGCUCUCGAGCAGCAAGCAGCUGCCCAGCGAUUUGCAUUGGAUGAAGCACGUCGUAGUAAAAAAGUUGCGCAUAAAUAUUUACAGCAAACAUUCGAAAAAGUUCGAACAGAAAAACGCAUUGAAGAGGACGCGAGUCGUGCAGAAACUGAAAGAAAAAUCAAAAGUUUGCUCAAUCUUCGCAAUGCUAUCGAACGUAAUAAAGAUGCGAUAACAAUUAAAUUAGCACAAAAACGAGCUCAAGAACGAGAUUCACAGGAUGCUAAAAAGCGUGAACAACAAUCGAUUGAAACCGAAGGACAGAAUGGCUUAUUCUAUAUGCUUCGUAAAGAGAGAAAUGAGAAAUUGGAACAAAUGCAAAAACGUUUCGCUGAUCAACAAGAACAAAAUCGUUUAGUCAUCGUGGACAAAAUUCUCAAAGAAGAAAAUGAGAAAGAGAGAAAACGUAAAUUAUAUCCUGAACUUUAUAAAACUAACACGAAACCAUCGAUGACCAAAGCCAAAGAUAUCUCUUCUCAAGUUAGUCAGUAA